AUGCACCUUCUGUUUCCAAGCAAAAGCCUCCUAGUUCAAAUGACGAGAAACUUGUUAAAGAUCCAACAACAAAUGAUCUAUUGGAUAAUGAAUUUGUGGAUCCUCGAACUCAUUAAAAAUAAUAUUAGUGCUAGUGUUGCUGCAGAUAAAUUAGAUAUUACAUUGAAUAGAGACUUCAAAGAAGAUCAACAUAUUGUACCUUCUCAGGAUGAUACUGUACAAAAUCCACUUGUCUUAUCUUCUGGCGAAGCUAGUGCAGAUAGAGAAAUGAACCCAGGAGCUUUAGGUGAACUUGAGCUUUCACCCCGCAUAGCUGUUGGACAACCGGGAGAUGAUUCUUACCCUGGUUAG